CCAACCGAAAGCAGAGUAAAAAAAAGUCGAACAAAGCUGCUGUGUGCGGACCAGCUUGUGGAGGCAGUCCUAAAUUUUCCACUUAUUUUCGCUGGAAUUUAGAGAAAGGUGUCCAAAUUUGCUAUCCAGACGCGUGCCACAGUUGAACUCGAUGUGAAAAGUGAAAAAUUAGUUCGAUUACCCGGUAGGAAGUGUGAAUUCGGUGCAGAUUUUGGAAGUGGUGUUCCGGCGCGUUUGCUAACCUCAAAAUCGUCGCUGGUUUCGUUCGUAUCAAAACAGAGGCGUUGCUUUUAUUUUGGUUUGUGUUUUUGUUUUCCUUCCUCUUUGACAAACGCUCGGCGCUCGAAACGAAAAAUGAGGAAACGCUCGAUGUCGGUGUUUGUGGCGAGGGAGAAUAAUCGCUUGUCCAAGAAGUUCGAAGGCGUUGCCUCCGAUAACGAAGCACCGUCGGAUUCGGAAAAUGAAGAGCUGGCCACGGAGAUCCACCUGGAAGAGACUAAGGCGGAAAUCGACGACGACCUGUCGGAUGAUUGGAGCAGGCAUGAGUACGAGGUCCUUGUGGCACAAUUAAAAGGAACCCUUCCGAAGAAGGACCUGCGCAAAUGGAAGACCAGUCUGGAGGCGGUCGACUGGAGUUCCAUCAAAGUGGGCAAACGCCCCACCGAAGAAGUGGAGCGGGUGGCCAAGGAAGUCAUCGGCAAAGUCAGACGUUUCCGAGUGCUCAGUGAAAUGCUCGAAGAAGUGCCGGAUGUCGUGAGUAAGAAGCUAUGCGCCACACGGCCCAAACCUCCCCUAACGGCGUACAGUUUGUUCGUGAAGGAGAAGCUGCCCCAGCUGCGCGAGGAACAUAAGGAUUUGAAGGUUCAGCAGAUAUUCAAGCUGAUUCCGGAACAGUACAAAGCGCUGUCGGCGAAGAAACGGCGCCGCUAUGAGUCCGACGCUGCAAAGAAGAAGGAGGAAUAUCAUGUCCAGUUGGCAAAGUUCUACGAGGAACACCCGGAUCUGUCCCCCAAGAAGGGAUACAAGCCGAAGAAGGAGCCGUUGAAGACGCCCUUUCAUCUAUUCUACCAGGAGCGACGAGAGAUAUCUUCCAACAUUUCCUUCCAGCAGGCACGGAAGGAAUGGGAAGAGCUUCCAGUGAAGGAUAAGGUUGUCUUCAUCCAGCGAUCGUUCGAAGUCCAGGGCAACACGGACCUGAAGUUGGUGAACAAGAAAGAGAUGGAAUGGCUGGGCCAAUCUCUGGGUAAACCCGAGUUUUGCGGUCGUAACAGUUACGAAUAUUAUCGGCGCAAGAUGAAGGCACAUUCAGGCAAAGAGCACGAGGCGAAAAUCCGAGAGGGCUACAAAAAUUUAACCGAACAAGAGCAGGAAGCUCUAAAGGAAGAGUACCAAGUGGCGCGGGCUAAGUUCGUCAACCAGUACCGAGAGUACAUCAAGAAACUACCAAAGGAGAAACAGCAAGCCGAGAUCGAUUUCCUCUUGACCAUCUCAGAGAAGAAGACGGCGGCGGCAAAGAAGGUAAAAUCCGAGAAGGCGAACGCUGCCAUGGACGAAGAUCACUAUCUCGAUUCGCCGGAGGAGCCUCCGGCUGCCGAAUCGACGACAAUCAAAAAGAAGGUACCAGCUAAGAUGAGCACCAAGGUAGCGGCCAUCAAGAAGGAACACAAAUCGGACAACUCCGACGCCGAUUCGGUUGACCAUGCGCCCCCCUCAACCAAAAAACCCACCAGAACUGCCACAGCUCCGUCGACCCCCGUCGCUUCGGUUGCUUCCCCUUCGAAACGGAAGCAAACGCUCAGCGUCACCAAAACGGAGCCCCAUCCGUCGGCUUCCUCUUCGGACGAAGACGAAGAGGAAGUGCGAUCACCAGCUAAACGGCCAGCGGCAUCCCCGGUCAAGAAUGGCAAGAAACGCACCUCAUCGGAGGACCAAUCGCCUGCAGUGGCCACCAAGAAAACCAAAGUCAAAAAGGAACCGGAACAACAGGCGACCAAAUCCACUCCCAAGGAACCGGAGAAGCCGCCUCGCACUAUCGCAGAGUUCUAUCGUCAGCACAGUUCCAAGGGCAAAGUGGGUGAGCUCUUGGUCCCCUACGAAAACCUGUCGCCGGAAAGCAAACGCGACAUAUUCGAGCAGUUCAAGGUCACUCACAGGCAGUUCUUGAAGAAAUAUGAGACGUUCCUGAGAUCGUUGUCCAAGGAAGAGUUUGCUCAGUACAUACAGCAGAAUCAAAAGGACCAACAGGAGCGAUCCCGAGGAGUUCUAUCGCCGGCGCAUCUACAAGGGCAAAGUGGGCAUGCACAAGCAGUUGUACGCUAGACUUUCGCAGACGAGGAAGCGCGAGAUUGCCAAACAGCUGAAGGCCGCCCAUGAGCAGUACAUUGUCGACUUUGAGUUAUUCCUGAAAUCGCUUCCCAACGCACAAAUCCGAAAGUACAUUCAGCAAAGGAUUAACGAGCAACAAAAAGAAACCGAAAGGUCCGGAUGAUGAUGAUGACGGCGACGAAGAAGAAGAAAGCAGUUUUUGGGAGAGCGAAUAUUUUAGACUUAUGUAGAUUUAUUAUUUGAUUAUACGUUAUACGAUUUGUUUGAA